AUGGCGCCGAGUCCGGUUAAAGGAGGGCGCGAGGCCGGCGGCAAGAUGCUGCGCAGUCGUGCGCGGACUGCCACGAUUGACGAGUCGGUCGCCAAGAAGAUGAAGGAGCACCAGGGCGAGCUCGUGAAGCAGAAGCAGGACGAGGGCCUGAAGCGCUUCAAGGGCGAAGACGGGGCGGAGCGCGACGCGAACGAGGAAGUGUUUAAAAAGUACGAGAGCUACCGUCGCGAGAACAUGCUCCCGACCAAGGUGGACGAACUGCGAAUCAUGGUCGACGCGCGCGCACAGUCGCUUAUCCUGCCGAUCAACUCGUUUGCCGUGCCUUUUCAUAUCAAGACGGUGAAGAACGUGAGCAAGUCGGACGAGGGCGAGUAUACGUAUCUGCGCAUCAACUUUGUCACGCCGGGCCAGCUGUCGGGCAAGAAGGACGACGUGCCGUUCGACGACCCGGACGCCACCUUUAUCCGCAACAUCAGCUACCGCUCGACGGACGCACGCCACUUUGACGCGAUCUACAACGAAAUCACCGAGAUGCGGCGCAUCGCGUCGAAGCGCGAGGCGGAGCGCAAGGAGCUCGCCGACGUCAUCGAGCAGGAUCAGCUGGUGCUCAACAAGGCGCGCCCGUAUAUUCUCCCGGACGUCUUCCCGCGCCCGGCGCUCGAGGGUAAGCGCCUGCCGGGCGGCCUUACGAUCCACCAGAAUGGUGUGCGGUUCGUGUCGCCGCUGCGCCAGGACCAAAAGAUCGACAUUCCGUUCAGCAAUGUCAAGCACCUCUUCUACCAGCCGUGCGACAAGGAGCUGAUUGUGCUGAUCCACUUCCACCUCAAGUCGCCCGUGAUGAUCGGCAAGCGGAAAACCAAGGACAUCCAGUUCUACCGUGAAGCGUCCGACGUGCAGUUCGACGAGACGGGCAACCGCAAGCGUCGGUACAGGGCCGGCGACGAGGACGAGAUCGAGCUCGAGCAGGAGGAGCGCCGUCACCGCCACCACCUCAACAAGGAGUUUAAGCACUUUGCGCAGCGCAUCGCCGACGCGUCCGAGGGACGCCUCCAGGUCGACAUUCCCUACCGCGACCUGGGCUUUACUGGUGUGCCGUCGCGCGCCAGUGUCCUGCUGCAGCCGACGACCGACUGCCUGGUGCACCUGACCGACCCGCCGUUUUUGGUCGUGACCCUGUCCGAGAUCGAGAUUGUGCACCUGGAACGUGUGCAAUACGGCCUCUCGUCGUUCGAUAUGGUGUUUGUGUUUAGCGACUUUUCGCGUACGCCGCUGCACAUUAGCAGCGUGCCGAGCACCUCGCUGGACGACGUGAAGCAGUGGCUUGACUCGGUCGACGUGUGCGUAACCGAGGGCGCGGUCAACCUCAACUGGGGCGCGAUCAUGAAGACGAUCAACGAGGACCCCUACGCGUUCUUCCAAGAGGGUGGAUGGGAGUGUACGUACAACCUACUCACAGCAGUCCUUCAGGCAGAUGCGUCGGACGCGUCGGACGGCUCGGACAGCGAGGCAGAGUCCGAGUUCGACUCGGACCUCGCCGAAGAGGAGCAGGAGUCGACCGAGGACUCGGAGAGCGGCUCCGACUUUGGUGCCUCGGAGGACGAGAGCGAAGAGGGCUCCGAUGUCGAGGAGGAAAGCGAGGGCGAGGACUGGGACGAGCUCGAGGCCAAGGCUGCGCGCGACGACAUGAAGAAGCGCCGCGAGCGUGGCGAGGGCAGCGACGACGAGGAUGUCAAGCCCAAGGUCAAGAAGAGCAAAGGCGGCUUUGGCAGGCUCUAG